AUGCUGCUGAUCGCUGCUGCAAUCGGUGGCUUUAGAGCGCACGAGGAAGCCCAGGAAAAAGACAAAGUUGCAUUCGAAGGGCGGAUCAGGCCACCUAGAGCCUGCCUGAACAUCUGCGAAAAUCGUGCAGAAAAAUACUAUCUGCGUUUCGUAGAGUAUUGGCACCAUUUUUCUGGCCUAAGCAUCCAAGACUCAACUCCUGGUCUUGGAGUGGCGUGGAUGGUGGCGCCGGUUCACAUCCCCAUCAUCCCCCCUUCGUCUCAGCCUCUGUGGUGGUGCAGCUCCCGCUGUCUUGUGCUAAGCGCUUCUGGUGUCGUUGAUAAAGUCGAUGGGUUGGGGAAAGAGGGGGCAGGACGAAGCGGUGUGAUUCGACUGAUUUCCGCGAGUUGGACCAUAUCUAUAGUAAGACAGUUGUGGGAGGACUGCGUUGCGUCCAACCUCUUGAGGCCAAUGAGCAGUGAGGCCAAUACUGGCCAUAGUCGGCCUCUCACCCAAAGUCGAGCUGGAGAAGGAAGCGGGCAACUCGGCGGAAAUAAGGAUGCGAUUCCGGUGUCCCAAGGGCGGGACGAUGCCAUGCACAGGCGCUAA